ACAUAAAAGAACAAAAAGAGACAAGCGUGAAAGCCACUCUGUUAAAAAUCAAUCCUCUCCUUUUCCUUUUCUUCUCAUCUUUAGCCUCUCUUCUUUCUCUUGCACAAAUAAAGAGAUCAACCAAAGUGAGUGAGAAACACCAACAAAAACACAAAUCAAGAAACCAAAACAUAAAAAACAUAAAACAAAUUCAAGAAUGUGUAGUGUUUCUUUUCCACUGUUUUCUUUUGUAUAAUGAGAAGCAAACCUAAUCCUCUUCUUCAAAGAAGAAGAUGGCAAUCCAUCAACAACAUCAAGAACAUCAUCAAGAACAAGAAUUUCAAGAAAAUUCUUGUUUCUUGAUCGACACUCUUUAUUGUGAAGAAGAAAAAUGGGAUGAUGAAACAACUAUAGAAUAUAAAAAUCAAGAACCAAUGUUUUCUUUUUUCCCACUCACUAAUUUGCUCGAGCAAGAUUUGUUUUGGGAAGAUGGGGAGCUUCUCACACUAUUUUCCAAAGAAAAUGAGCAAAAAUUUGUAGUGAAUGACUGUAAUUCUGUUGCUCGUCAAGAAGGUGUUGUAUGGAUGCUUAAAGUUAACGGUCAUUAUGGAUUUUCAGCUCUAACGGCAGUCUUGGCCGUUAAUUAUUUUGAUAGGUUUCUGUCAACUUCUUAUUUUCAAAAAGAUAAGCCGUGGAUGAUUCAACUUGUUGCUGUUACUUGUCUUUCUUUAGCUGCUAAAGUUGAAGAAACUCAAGUUCCUCUUCUUUUAGACCUUCAAGUGGAGGAUUCAAAAUUUGUUUUCGAGGCAAAAACAAUUCAAAGAAUGGAGCUAUUAGUGUUAUCAGCACUAAAAUGGAAAAUGCAUCCAGUAACUCCACUUUCAUUUCUUGAUCAUAUAAUUAGAAGACUUGGAUUAAAGACUAAUCUGCAUUGGGAGUUUCUAAAAAGAUGUGAAAAUCUUCUAAUCACUCUUGUCUCCGAUUCAAGAUCCGUCAAUUAUGUGCCUUCUGUAUUGGCUACUGCCACAAUGAUGUACGUUAUAGACCAAGUUGAACUCUUUAAUCCCAUUGACUAUCAAAACCAGCUUUUGGGUGUUCUCAAGAUAACCAAGGAAAAAGUGAAAGAUUGUUAUGAACUCAUUCUUGAGCUUUCAUCAAAGACCAAAGCCAAUGGCUAUCAUAACAAUAAGUGUUAUAAGCGCAAAUUUGAGGCAAUGCCGAGCAGUCCGAGUGGAGUGAUUGAUGCAAUAUUUAGCAGUGACAACUCGAACGAUUCUUGGGUUUCGGAUUCUUCAAUUGUCUCUUCAUCUUCAUCUUCAUCAUCACCCGACGAACCACUUUUCAAGAAGAGCAGAGCUCAAGACCAAUGGGUUUUUGUCGACAUUGUUGCCAAUAGUCCUCAUUGAUCACUUUCUCUCUCUAAAUCUCUCUCUAAAACUCUAUUUCUUUAUUUUUAUUUGCUAUUAUGCUUAUUUUUAAUUACGUUCUCUUCUCUUUAAUUAAAAUUGCCCCCUCAAAAUCUUUAUCCCAGUUCUAUCUGGCUCGAUCCGAUAAAAAAACCUUACCCGAUUCGAUCUAAAUUGAUUAAAACGGCGGCCCUCUUUUCAUCUCUAGUCCGGUCUUAUCUAGCUCGAUCCGACAAAAUAACACUAACCAAUUUGAUCAAAUUAAUCGGAACAGUGGUUUUUGUUUGGUUUGAUUUGAUAAACCUAUUCAGUUCGAGCUAAAUUAAUCGGAACAGUGACUUCAAAUAUCCGACGGUAUGUGUACUAAAAAAGUUGUAUUUUCUCUACUUAAGAAAUUCCAAAAUUGCCCAUUUGUUGGAAUUAUGUCAUCAAGAUAGGUGGCAAUGUGGCAUUCAUUUUAGAGAAAAUGGAAGGAGGGAUGAGAGAGUCAGUUUCUUAUCUUAUUUAUUUAUGUCUUUUUGGCAAUGUUCACUUUUCUUUGUAUAAGUCUCUUUAUGAGAGAAUACUUCUUUUAUAUAUCAAUGUCAUGAACAUAUUAUAAUUAUCA